ACAAGAGACAAGAGACAACAAUAAAAAGAGAAUAAAAUCUUGUUAUCCAAAUCCAUCAACACUAGUCCAUAAUCAUUCUUCACCGCUGGAUGCGCUCGAUGCACUAACCAUAUAACCCUGCAGAGCGAAAAAAAAACGCCUACAACUUAUCUUCGACUAUUUUGAUACACUUCCUACGUAGAGUUUUUGACUCUCGUUUUUUUUUUCUCCCUUUUCAAGACAUUUUAUCUUUUCACACACACACAGACCAGCAAUGGUCUCAACAUUUCACAUGCAGGCCUUCUACCGGCCGAAUCACUUAUCCGUCGACACAAAUGCGCAAAAGUACUUUGACGAAGAGGACAGCAACAUCCUCGAUGACCAUAUCCUAGACAGCAGCGCGAUCGACUCGGGACUGGACAUGUCGCCCCCCAUGGCCGGUAGCCGGAGAGAUUCCUUUGCUGUUCCGGGUUCGAUAUUCUCCCCCAAGACGGAAGUGGGCGAUUGGCAAUCAGUCGACAUGCAGAGCGUCCCGUCAAACAACCCCUUCCUAGAGCCCCAGAACAACAACCCCUUCCGAUCUGAUCCCUCGCAAACCACAUACAACUCGCAGAACCAGCCAUGGUCGAUGGGUCAAGGUUCCGGCACAUGUACCCCCUUACAGUAUGAUGGUCUCGAGACAGCCUUUGACAACAACCAGUCCAUCUUCCAGCAACGGCCUCUACAGAUGCAAACACCCUUCGGCAAUCCUCAACACCAGGUCCCGCUCUUCUCCAACGUUGGUCCCGGUAACUCCGCCAUGCCCAAUUCUCCGCAGAAGGAUUGGAUGAGUGGAGAUUUGAAGAACCCGUCUAUAGUCAAGCGCAUGCGUCCAGAUACCCCCACCAUCCGGUCCCACAACGAGUUGCGUCGCGGCGAUGGCAUCCGCAAGAAGAAUGCGAGAUUCGACAUCCCCGCGGAGCGUAACCUCGGCAACAUUGAUCAACUCAUCGCUGCGACUACUGAUGAACAGGAGAUCAAGGAGCUGAAGCAGCAGAAGCGAUUACUGCGUAACCGACAAGCUGCGCUUGACUCGAGGCAGAGGAAAAAGAUGCACACGGAGAGGCUGGAGGACGAGAAGAAGCACUUCACGACCGUCAUAAGUUCGAUGGAGGAAGAGAUGAACGAGCUUCACCUGAAGCUGGAGCAAGAGAGGCGCGAGCGAGAGUACCUGGUGGCCCACGUUGAGAACCUGUCCCUGGAGAAGGAGGAGCUCAUCCGAAACCACACCAUCGAGACUGGCGACCUCCGCAAGAAGGUCACCGUCCUGACCGACCACGUCCAGAGACUCGAGCACGCCGCGAUGCCCAGCAACACGGGCUACUCGAAUAGCUUCAACGACAUCGACACCCUCGCCAUGGACACGUCAUGGGACGGCCUGGGCUUCAUGAACGACUACCCGAUGGAGACCGACGUCAAGCAGGAGCUCCAGAUCGUGCCCCAGAAGAAGGCGGAGGUCUCGCUGUCGUCCGACGUCGAGAAGUCCACGACCCAGGGCGGCCUGCUCUUCAUGCUCUUCCUCGUCGGCGCCUUCGUCCUCUCGAACCGCUCGACCCCCACCAUCCCCAGAGUGUCCGAGGACGUGCGCGAGGCCUCGGCCACGCUGCUCAACAACAUCUUCAAGGACGCCGGCGUCCCCAACAACGAGAACGCCAUCGUGCCCGCCGGGCCCCAGCCCUCCGGCGGCGCCGACUGGACGUCGAGCGCCUCGGUGCCGAUGGCGAGCGGCAACAUGGAGGGCGUCGCGCCCUCGAUGCUCGGCGACCUCGCGGACUCGCUCACGCAGCCCACGCAAGAGCAGACGACGGAGCAGCUGUUCUCGCUGACGCCCGCGCAGUACAACGGCGUGACGUCGCAGGACUUCAUGCGCACGGCAUCGGCGCGGUCGUCGAGCAGCCAGAACCGGCGGAACCUCGCGGAGGCGCUGAGCAGCAUGCGCGGCAGCACGGCAACCGAGAAGCAGCAGCAGUCGGCGGCGGAGGUGUACACGCGGUCGCUGCUGUGGGACCAGAUCCCCGGCGACGUCGUGCGGAACUUCGCCAAGAUGGUCGCCGAGUGCAACAACGCCAACAGCGGUGGCGGCCAAACCUGUGGUGGCAACGACGCUAAUUCAUGACGGGUUUUUUUUUUUUUGGAUGGGGGGGUAUGAAUGAAUAUGAAUGAGAGAGGAAUGAGAGAGGAAUGAGAGAGAGGAAAAUGAAUUACAGUAUAACGACGUUUAAUGACUUCUAACGACCAAAAUAUGAAUCACCAUGACCACGAACCACCCAACCAAAGACACACAACAACAACAUUGGAUCGAUUCCAAACACGGAUCCAAAAAUUUCUAUCUAUCUAUCUAUCUAUCUACAACUACCGCUUCCAGAAGCGAAAAACACGCACAGCACAGCGCAGCACAGCACAGCACCAGCCAUUAUUAUAUCUUUGUCUGCUUUUUUUUUUUUCUU